GAAUUCAAGUGGGCUUUAAAGGCUGCGUCACAAAGUCGGAACUUUUAGUGGCGAGUCGGAACAAGACAUAUUUGAGUUAACAGCGUCGAAGAUUCUAGAAGAAGAAGCAAAGAUGUCGGUGACGGUGAAAGCGUACCUGCUGGGCAAAGAGGAGGCGGUGAGGGAGAUCCGCAGGUUCGCGGUGGACCAGGACGUGUCCAGCAGCUUCGACUAUCUCAGCGGGAAAAGUGGCGAGGUGUUCUCAAAUCUGAAGAACACCGCCUUCAACAUGUUCUACCGAGAUGAGGAGGGAGACCUGGUGGCGUUCUCCUCGGAUGAUGAGCUGAUGAUGGGCCUGGCCUGCAUGAAGGACGACACGUUCCGUGUUUACAUCAAAGAGAAGAAGGAACAUCGCCGAGACUUCCCACUUCACGCCUUCCCCCCUCCCCCGGCCCCUGGAGCCCCGGCCCCUGGAGCCCCGGCCCCCCACGGCCCCCUGCACCCCGGCGUGACGUGCGACGGCUGCAACUUCCCCGUGGUGGGCGUCCGCUUCAAGUGCACCGUCUGCACCGACUACGACCUGUGCUCCGCCUGCCAGGUGCGGGGCACGCACAGCGAGCACGCCCUGCUGCCCAUCUGGCAUCCGCUGCAGGCCUGGUUCCCUCGGGGCAAGUGGAUGAGGUCAAUGAGACAAUGCGCAAAAAGCCAACGCAAAUGUUCCGCUGCCAGCGUCCCCCCCACGGGCGGAUGCGCCCCCACGGACGGAUGCGCCCCCACCGAGCUCAGUUACCUGAAGAACGUGGGCGAGGGCGUGGCGGCCAUGUUGAGCCCACUGGGCAUCGAAGUGGACAUCGAUGUGGAGCACCAGGGUCAAAAGACCAAGGUGACCCCGCCCCCUCAGAGUGAAGGCGACGUGGAGAUGGACGGGGCCGCCGAGGAGGGCGGUGCCAACGGCGGCGGUGAGCCGGCAAAGGUGGGCAAAGACUCCGAUGAGGAGUGGACUCACCUGAACUCCAAAGAGGUGGACCCGUCCAGUGGAGAAGUGCAGUCCUUGAAAGCCGGGAUUCAGGACCUCAAAGUGGACCAAGUGAACAAGGGUCCUCCCGUGGCUCCUCAGCCGGGUCCUUCAGGUGUGAAAGAGGCUUUGUACCCUCACCUGCAUCCAGAGGCUGAUCCCCGGCUGGUGGAGUCGUUGUCCCAGAUGUUGUCCAUGGGCUUCACUGACGAGAGUGGCUGGUUGACACGCCUCCUUCAGGCCAAAAACUUCGACAUCGGAGCCGCCCUCGACGCCAUCCAAUACGCCAAAAAGCCCAACCCACAGCGCCAGUGAUGUCAUCGCUUCAUUUAUUGAUUUGUUUGCAUCAAUAAUCAAUCAGUCCAUUUUCUUCAAAUCUCAAUAAAACUUUUGGAGAUCCUCAA